AGAGUGCCCUCCUCCCUUUUCUCCCUCCCUCCCUCCCUCCUUUCUUUCUUUCCUUCCUUGAUGACGCAGCGCUGCUGCCAGCCGAGCCCCAGCCCAGUGGAGCCUGGCCCCCAGACAGGUGGCUCUACCUGCCAGGCCAGGUGCCUUGGGGCCUCGCCCUAUCAGGGGCCAGGCAAGAAGCCUCAAGACCCCCCUCUUCCCUUCCUUCCCUUCCUUCCCUCCUGCCAUCCCUUUCUCUCUCUCUCUUUCUGUGCCCAGCCCCUGGCAUCCAAGAGAGUGAAGCCAGCAGGUGCCAAGGCUUGGCCCAUCCCUAAACCCAAGGCAUUCAAAGCCUGGUCCAGCCAGCAGGAAGGUCUGCGGGAGGCUGAGUUAAGCCUGGUCUAAGUCAUCCCUACUGAAGGCUUAGGCCCCAUUGGUUUCAUCCAAGAUGGUGAGUCGACUUCCACGCCCAGCGGACAUGACUCGCUUCUGCCAGAAGCUCAACCGGGUCAAGACGCUGGAAGAGGACAUGAUGGAGACAUCUUUCAACCGAUGCCUGAGCACUAUUGACUUGGCACUGCUGGGCAUUGGGGGCAUGGUGGGCUCUGGCUUAUAUGUCCUUACAGGCACCGUGGCCAAGGACACGGCUGGCCCGGCCAUCGUCAUCUCCUUCAUCAUCGCCGGCAUUGCCUCGCUGCUGGCAGCCCUCUGUUAUGCCGAGUUUGGCGCCCACGUGCCCAAGACAGGUUCGGCAUACAUGUUCACCUAUGUCUCGGUGGGUGAGAUUUGGGCCUUCCUGAUUGGGUGGAACGUCAUCCUAGAGUAUAUGAUCGGGGGCGCCGCAGUGGCCAGAGCAUGGAGUGGCUACCUGGAUGCCAUCUUUGACCAUCGCAUCAAGAACUUCACGGAGAGCCACGUGGGCACCUGGCACAUCCCUUUCCUAGCCCAUUACCCAGACUUCCUGGCCUUUGGCAUCCUGCUCAUCGCCACCACCUUGAUCUCCUUCGGGGCCCGGGUCUCCUCUUGGCUCAACCACAUCUUCUCCGCCAUCAGCAUGGGUGUCAUCGUCUUCAUCCUGGUGAUGGGCUUCAUCUUGGCCAGGCCCCAAAACUGGAGUGCUAGUGAAGGAGGCUUUGCUCCUUACGGCAUUUCGGGCAUCAUGGCCGGCUCAGCUACCUGCUUCUAUGCUUUUGUAGGCUUCGACGUCAUUGCCACCUGCAGCGAAGAGGCCCGCAACCCACAGAGAGCCAUCCCGAGGGCCAUCGCCAUCGCCUUGAGCCUGGCCACAGGGGCCUACAUCUUGGUCUCUGUGGUCUUGACCCUGAUGGUGCCCUGGCAUUCCUUGGAUCCGGACUCUGCCCUGGCCGAUGCCUUUUACCGGAGAGGUUAUGCCUGGGCCGGUUUCAUUGUGGCAGCUGGCUCCAUUUGUGCAAUGAACACAGUCCUCCUCAGCAACCUGGUCUCCCUGCCCCGGAUUGUCUAUGCCAUGGCUGAGGAUGGGCUCUUCUUCCAGGUCUUCUCCCGCAUCCACCCCCGGACCCAGGUCCCAGUGGUAGCCAGCAUAGUGUUUGGCAUCCUCAUGUCACUCUUGGCUCUCAUCUUCGACCUGGAGGCUCUGGUCCAGUUCUUGUCCAUCGGCACCCUCUUGGCAUACACCUUUGUGGCAGCCAGCGUCAUCAUCCUGCGUUUCCAGCGGGACAAAACAGGAGCAACUGGGGCAUCCAGUGGAAGUGAAGCCACUCUACCUUCGGCGGAGACCAUCAGCAACAACGAACCCAAGGAGUAUGAAUCAUUCUCGGACAAACUGCAGCUUGUGAGCAAGGAGAAAGGGAAAGGCCAACGGGAACCAGGGCAACUCAAGGCGGCUUUUGAGCCCUACCUGGACUUCCUCAGCGAUUUCUACCCGGGCGAAGUGGUCACGGUGGGAGUGAUUAUCCUGAUGGUCUCGGCCGUCUGCCUGUCAGCCAUCUUGGUCUUUGGGAGGAACCAACUCCACCUGCCCACCUGGAGCUAUGUGUUGCUGCUCCUGCUCUUUGGCCUGGGCUUGGCACUGAGUUUGUUCCUCAUCAGCAUCCAUGAGCAAAAGAAGAGUACCCAGACAUUCCAGCUCCCACUGGUCCCACUGACUCCUGCGUUGAGCAUUUUCAUCAACGUCUAUCUCAUGCUGAAGCUCAACUACAUGACAUGGCUGCGGUUCACUGUCUGGCUGAUAGCAGGCUUAAUGGUCUACUUUGGCUACGGCAUAUGGCACAGCAAAGAGAACCAGCGAGAGCCCCAGGGGCAUGCCGUCAGCGCCCGCUACGUGGUGUUUCCCAGUGGCAGCCUCGAAGAGACAGUCCAGACUGUGCAGCCCAGUACACAGCCCUCUCAGGGCCUGGAGGAAACCCCGGAAGAGGAAGCCAAGAGAUGAUGGAGUGAGCCGAAGCAGCGGAGGCCAGUCCCUUGUCCCCUGCCCAGCUCACCGAGUCUCCAGUGUUGGGGCGAAAAAUGGGCUCUCCCUGUGGGCCUAGCAAGCAACUGCCAAUGAAGCAGAGAACUGAUUGCUUCUCCUGCCUUGCUUGGCCCCCAUCUCUGGGACUGGGAAGCUGGACCCAUCUUGUUGCUGGAUGCUCUCAGAUGCAGUCCAGUCUGUCCCACUUUUGGGCCUGGAAUUGGCCCUGGAUCCAAAGCAAGUAUGUUCCAAUUUGCAACCGCCCCACAGGUGAAAGAACUCACUUCCUGCUUUCAUUACUUCCUUCUUCCUUCUUUGGAAAUCCUUCCUCUUCCUUCCCAUCCUUACUGGGUUCUCUAUGCAGGAGUGCAGACUCCAUUUCCAUGCAUGCAGGUGGGAAAGGGAUGCAGCUUCCCCCCCCCCCCAAAAAAAAAUUGGGAUGCCGUGGAUGUCCAUUCUUGGACAGGACUCCUUGAGAUGUAGUUAACCUCUAUGUCUUCCCAACACCACAUACAUAUGAUAACUCUACAUGUCCCCCUUGAGAUGUAGUUGACCUCUAUGUCUUCCCAACACCACAUA